AAAGCAUGUGACACGUGCCCGGUGUCAGUAUACUGGUUAUGUUUCAUCAGUCACUUUAAACAGGAACAGAUUCGUUUAAUUGGCAAGUGUCUUCUACGGAAUCUCACAAUAUAUCUACAUUAAAACCAAUUUAUAAAUAUUACCAUUAAAUCUCUAUUUUUGUGUGUAAGAAUAAAUAAUUCUUCCCAAGGACACGUGAAGUGUAUGACGUGUAUUCCAUUAUAUUCCACAUCUUGUCUCCGUCCAUUCAUCUCUAUUUCAAGUUCACCGAAAAAAUCGCAAAAUAUUAUAUACGUGUGUUUGUCAAUAUUGAAUAAAUAAGUUUUAUGUGAAAUGAGAUGGAAGAUCCGAAGAAAAUGGAAUCGAAACAAAAACAAUUUUCCGAUGAUGAUGAUGUGAGCGUGAUUGCUGUGAUAAGAAAAGAAAACGAUCGGUGGUCGAUGGAGCAACAAGAUGAAAAACCGGUUAAGCAGCAAGAGAGGAAACGAGUGUUCGAGUUGAGCGACGAACGGUGCAAAAUGGCACUCCGGAAACAGCUCGAUCUGGAUUCGUUAUCGACCGAGCAGAAUAGCAAGGCUAAGGAAUACGAGGCUGUCGAAAUUUUGCGGAAACUUCCGCCUGGCACCAUUGUGAUUAAACGCGAAAAGAUAUAUAAAGAUGAUAGCGAUUAUGUAAGGGAGUCUACUGAAACGAGUAGCGGUGGAUCGUCUUCUAGCAGUGGAGUGACCAAGGUUAAGAGGAUCCAUCGCGCUACGAGGAAAAACCGUGGAACAGCGGAAGUCAGAAGAAAUCCCACGCGCGUUACCAAAAAAGACCAGGACAAGGAUUUUUCCCGUCCAAGACAACGAUUACUUUCUGCGAAACGAAAGGAGAUGCUGUUCAAUUCUGAACACAUUAAACGUGGAAAAUCUUCCACCAUGCCUUACAUGAACACAAGGUCUGUUACUCGUAAAAUGUAUAAUGUGGGGGCAACUUAUCAAGCGCCCACUGUAAGAGAUGCAACAGAGUGGAAAGAAUGGCCUGCUCAUGGCAUGCAUGAACGACCUGUGUUUCAUCCACAAGUUGGCCUGGCUGCAGAAUAUUUGGGCCGUUACUUUACAAGCUUAGACGGAUUCUCUUACCGAGAAAUAAUCGACAGACCGGAAAUAGAAGUGGUAUCCGUGGAUCCCCAUUGUGACUACCUCCCAUCAUCUGCUGAAAAAAAACGAACCAAAAAGAUCAAGCCUAACAAAGGCUCUUCCAAUUCCAAAGGUGCAAAAUCAGUCUCUUUAGAGUCUACUGAAAAGAACAAAUCUUUUGAAACUUGCAUGCAUGAAAGUUUCCACUGUGUUCUUGGUUACUGUUCUCAAAUAAUGACGCCAAGUUACAAAACGAAUGUAGAAGGGAAAAUAAGCAUGUUAAACGAGAGCAAAAAUUUAUCCAACACUAGCAAGGAAAUAGAACAGCAUUCUUCGGCGAUAAACACACUAGAACGCAGCUCCAAAAGUGAUUCUUCUGUCUUAAGUUUUAAGGAGAAUUUACAGAAACCAGUGGAAGAGAACAAAUUCAUGGACAAUUACGCAAUCACGAUGUUCCCACAAAAUGUGAAGAAUUUUACUCAGGUUCCAAAAACACGUUUAUUUCCUGCUCAGAAGGUUUAUAUAGCCAAUCCUCAGAAAUCCAUUGCGUUCACUAAUGCAAAAACCUUUCAAGGAGGGCAUAUGAAGAUUCAAGAAAUGGCACGACCUUCCAAGAGCCCUUUUAUCAUAGUAAACCCUUUAGACACAAAGGAGACACAACUUUUGAACCCAAGUACUAGUACCAUAAAUGUGAGCAGAAUGGAAGAAUCUUCAGCCAGUGAAGAGACGUUAGGAGAAGUGACUUCUAUAUAUAAGAAUGUAUCCAGUGAAGAGAUGACAGUGAAACAGGCUCCUGUAAAGCAAAGAAACAAAGUGGAAUUCACAAUGACAAAACAUCUUUUAGAUAAUAUGCAACAGAAUAAAAUUCAGUUUGGAAAAGAAUCAAAUUCUAUGGAAAAGAAAAUAUGUUACGAAACUACUAGCAAACAGUUGAACUUAAAAACCAUGUCUGGCGGCAUGAGUAAGGCCUGGUGCACUGGAGAAGCUUCAGAAAUAGCAAAAAUUCUUUCUGAGUACAAUAAAAGUAAUUUAAAAAAGCCAGCUAUAGAAAACCAGAUACCCUAUACCAAUGUAAAGAACAUUAGAGUUAAAGAGCUCUGUAAUAAGGAAGAAAAUACCAAACAAAGUAUUCAAGAGAGUUUUAUGGACAGAAAUGUGAAUAUAACUUUUCCUCAGGGAAAAUGGAGGCGGUUUCAUUUAACUGUGGAGAAGCUGAAAGACCUAAAAAGUAAUUCCAAUGAGAAGAGACAGUCUUUGGGGAUUCCAAAUAAACAGUCAUUGUUUAAAAUUGAUCAGACAAUUGGAGAAAUUUCAUCUGAUAGAAAAAUUGAAGUUCCUAAACAAGUGGAAAUUGUUCAAAGGGGACAAUCAAGUAUAAUGAACUUGGAAAAGAAAGAAAGCAUUCUGAUGGUGAAUAAUAGCGUAGAUUCAGCUAUUGUGAAGACACAAUCUUUACAAGAAUUGUUGGAGAAUACCGCCAUGUUAUAUUGCGCCGCUACUGGAACUCACCAAGACGAUUUGGCUAAUUAUAUCGAUAAUUUAGACGGCGUUCAGAGCAUACAAUGGUUAGAAAGUUGCAAGGAUUUAAUUGUAUGAAUUAUUGUCAUACAGAGAAGCAUUGCAAGGUUUCUUAAUUUUGCGAUGAAACUCCAACGAAUUUGUAUUUCAUAGAUUUUAACCAUCUCUUCCACUUAAUUUUAUGUAUACACAAAUA